UUUAAUACUCCAUACGCCCUUCUCGCAGCCCGUGCACCUCUCGUCCAUAGCUACUAAUUCAUGAUGGCAGCCAUCCAGCCAAUAGAUGAAAAACCGUUUGUGCCGCCUGCAACAUGGGGUGCAUAUCUCUACCAGAACUUUCUUCAGUCGGCGCCAGAUUCUUCGCUCGAGUGGUCCAGCUCAGUGCUUCCUUCGCUGCCGCCCAUCCAGGCUCCAUCGUCUUCGGGCGGGUAUCCGUUCGGGGUUUCUGAAUCAACGUCAUGGGCGGCUUCGGGCGCCGGUCAAUCCCCUGCGGUUACCAAGGCCGAAGCUCCCUCGCCAACCGAGUCUCCAUCAUUCUUUCAGCAGCAAGACUCAUUCUGCCAGCAACCCGCAUACCACUAUUCCUUUCCAAAUUCGACAGGAAUAUCCACUUCCCUGCUCACGCAGCCGGCCCAUAGCCCUAUCCUCUCACUUCGCUCGCAGCUAGAUUCCACAGAGUCAGUCAACCUUAUAGACCAUUCACUCACACGGUCGCCCUCUCCUUUAUCAUCCCACAUCGUCAGCCCCCAUGCAUCACCAAUUCGGCUAGCUCCCAAGACCCGGGGGAGAAAGAGCAUCGCGAGCGCCACAGUGAAGCGUAGUCGUUCAUUACAUUCGGACUCGGAGUUCUCCCAUCACAGUCACGACGAGCAUGACCACGAGGUUCCAGAGGGCGUUGAGAGAGACGGAAUGAUUUGGGGGAUGCGAGUUGAAGACUAUAGGGCAUUGUCGGCCAGGGAAAGAAAACGGGUCAGGAACAGGAUUAGUGCCAGGACGUUUCGAGCAAAGAGGAAAGAGCAUCUAUCAUCCUUGGAGCAUGAUUUGAGUGAAAAAGAGCAGCAGAUACGUGUAGCAAACGAAGAGAACGCGAGGCUCCGUCGAGAGAUGAUUGAGCUAAAGAAGAGAUUAUCAAAAAUAGAAAGCGCAUAUGGCCGCCCGUUAUAGCAAGGAGACAUGUAGUACUGUGUCCCGGAGUCAGUUUUACAGGUUGAGGAGUACUGCCUCAUGUUUUAAUAUUGAUUGAUGUGCCCCCAUGUGGAUGGGUCCUAACACGUAUUUCUUGUGUAUAUUACUUCAUCACGACGCGCCAAUGUAACACAACAGGUGCAGCAGAUUUAUUAGAUGAUACAUGCAGCAAAUCGCCACGCUCAUUUGCGCGGUACCGCUUAGUAACAAUUGUGAUCAGAUUUUCGCUUGCAUUGCGGGUCUUAGGGGUGCGCAUAUGCACGUCGA